UUUAGUAGCAAGUUGUACUGAUUAGUGGCUGCACGAACAGAAAUAUUAUGACAGUUUUUUAUUGUUCAUAAAAACCGAAGAGAAUUGUUCAACUUCAUUUUUUACUCAUAUUCGGAAAAAUGGAAGAGUUUCGUAAGGCGGAUAUUCCAUUUGAGGCGCUCAGUGGUCACGAGCCAUCAAAGCACGUAAAGGUUCCGCAGGACAUUGGUAAAUGGCAACGUUCGGAAGCAUAUUAUGAUCUCCUGGGUUUCAUCAACGCUGUCAGCUAUGCCAUACAAGGUAAACGCAUCAACGAUCCUGACAUUUACGUGUCGCCAACUAUGAAUAAUGUUGUGGGCAUAUUCGAUAAACUCAAUAAGCUAGUUGAUGAGUCUCCACCAGUUGACCAACCGACUCGCUUCGGCAACAAAGGAUAUCGUGUUUGGGCAAGAAAAAUGCAUCGUGACAUCUUCGUAUUCCUGAAAGAUGCAUUACCUCAAGAGAAAUGUGAUCUAUUCAGUGAAUUAGGUGCUUAUUUGAGCGAGUCAUUUGGCAAUUCUGUACGUAUCGAUUACGGCACAGGCCACGAACUGUCAUUUAUAUUCUUCCUUUGUGCGCUGUUCAAAGCUGAAAUCUUUUCCGAAGAAGACAGUGUUGCCUGCGCAUUACGAUUAUUUAACAGCUACUUGUUAUUCGUUCGAAGGCUCCAAAAGGAAUAUCAUUUAGAACCAGCCGGUAGUCAAGGUGUAUGGUCGCUGGAUGAUUUCCAAUUCGUUCCUUUUAUUUGGGGCAGUGCCCAGCUAGCAUUCAGCAGUCCUUUCGAACCGGCGCGAUUUCUGGAUGAAGAAAUAAUAAACGAAUACAAAGACGACUACUUAUUCAUUGGCUGUAUUGACUAUAUCAAUCAAGUGAAAACCGGGCACUUUGCGGAGCAUUCGAAUCAGUUGUGGAGCAUUUCUGCGGUACCUAGUUGGACAAAAAUUAACAGCGGUCUAGUGAAAAUGUAUCAGAAGGAGAUACUAUCGAAAUAUCCAAUUAUGCAACAUGCGCUUUUUGGCAAAUUAUUACGUUUUGACCCUGUAACACCCGGAACGGCUUUACCCGUUGCCCGUUUAGGUUUCAUACACCCAACGUCGACGAGCUCAUCGAGUACGAGCAGAAUCGGCUCGCAAGUUUUGGAAUUAAAGAAAUUGGAUACUGAUGGAGGAAAUUCCACAGAAAGUUGCAAGUCAGAAGAUUUAAAUGAAGGUCAAAAAGUCGAGGCUGAUCCUACUUCAAAAUCACAUUAAGCAACUAAGGAGAUUUAUAUUUAAAAUAAAAUGUUACUAUAUAAUGUAAUGAAAAUUGCACUUACUGUUUUAUAUGUAUUUAUUAAAACGUUUAAUCCCUAAUCCACACGCACAUACUCCACUGAUUGGAAGCUGUGAUGAGAAGAGAUUUCUAUCAUAAUUAAAUGAGUAUUAAAUCACUCAAAUUUCUCUUCAUGCUUUUGGAAACAUUUUACGCAAAAUGAAUUGUUUUAACGUAACGGACAACAUUGUCGAUAGACACGCAGACAUUUCAUCAAUUAUUUAAAAUUGAAGCAUUUCUUUAUUUGCAUAAGAUUAUGGCCACAUUUAUUUUAGUAAUAAAGAAGUAUAUUUGGAUUCAAUAUGCUCUAGUUGCUUUCCAAUUCAAUGUAC